AUGUGGUGUAAGUGGGACAUACAAGAUUUCAGGACAACAAACACAGCUGAAGCAUUCCACAGCAAAUUGCGAGGGAUGCUUUCAAGGAGGAUAAAUCCACCUUUUGAAGAGCUGCUGGAGUUCAUACACUCUAUCAAUUCGCUAGCAUUAGGGAUGCUGAUGCACGUCAAAGAAAAUGUACGCGCUUUGAAACUUCUUCGCAGGAAAGAUCAGGAGCGACGCGUAAAAAUCGAUCAGGCUAUGAAUGAGUUUAAAGAAUUGCAUUUUUCUAAUGAUUCAUUGGACAAUAACAUUAUCAAGAAUUAUUGCAGGAAGAUGUCUCAGUUCGUUAGUGAGAAGACCAUAUGGAAGCUGCUUAAUAGACUAUAA